AUGUGGAAGCUAGCAGCAGGACCGGCACAGCGCGCGGCAAGCGCUUGGAGUUGCCUCUCGGCCGGCCGGACGCUUGUGCUGUCAGUUGCCGGAACGAGGGUAACGGCGAGGGCCAGCGUGUCUCUGGGAAACACGUGGACCAGCAAUGUCAUGGGUCGAGCGCUGCACACACUGCGCCCGCUGGCGGCUAAAAAGGUCAAGUUUGAGGUGGAGGACAGCAGCAAGAAGAACAUGCUGCCCAACACUUUCUUGCUGAUCGGCGUGGAUGGCGAGCAGCUCGGCGAGUUUACGGCUCCGCGAGCCAUCAGUCAUGCCCGCCAAAACAGUCUGUCGGUGGUCUUGGUCUCUCAAAAGCCGCCCGUUUGCCGCCUUAUGACCACGACCCAUUUGCGAGAGCGUCAACAAAAGGCACGCGAAGCAGCUUCAAAUAAGAAUAAUGCCAAGCGGCCAGCAUCAAAGUUUCCUCAAAAAGAAAUUCAAAUGACCGCCUGGAUUACCGAGCACGAUCUGAGUAUCAAGCUGAAGCAGAUCCGCAAGUUUCUCACAAAGGGCAAUCAAGUGCGGCUCUUCAUCAAACACCGNAAGGGUCAAGCUCGAGACAAGGAGCAACAAGCCCAAGUCAUUGCCAGGAUUCAAGACGAGAUGAACGAGAUUGCGGCGCUGGAAGAGGCCCCCAAAUCCACCGGAGGAUAUGGCACCGGCAUGAUCGCUACACUGCUGCCCAAUUUGGAGGCGAUCGAGGCCCUGCGCACUGCUGCCAACGACAACGAUGACAGCGAGGAGGAUGAUCACGACACCAACACCUUAGAUAGCAAGUAG